CCGCGACGCCGAGCCGAACCGGACCAGCAGCCACCAUGAACAGCAAAGGUCAAUAUCCAACGCAGCCAACCUACCCUGUGCAGCCUCCUGGAAACCCAGUGUACCCUCAGACCUUGCAUCUUCCUCAGGCUCCACCCUAUACUGAUGCUCCACCUGCCUACUCGGAGCUCUAUCGUCCGAGCUUUGUGCACCCAGGGGCUGCCACAGUCCCCACCAUGUCAGCUGCAUUUCCUGGCGCCUCGCUGUAUCUUCCCAUGGCCCAAUCUGUGGCUGUUGGACCUUUAGGUUGCACAAUCCCUAUGGCUUAUUAUCCAGUUGGUCACAUCUAUCCACCUGGUUCAGCAGUGCUGGUGGAAGGAGGGUAUGAUGCAGGUGCCAGAUUUGGAGCUGGGGCUACCGCUGGCAACAUUCCUCCUCCACCCCCUGGAUGCCCUCCCAACGCUGCUCAGCUUGCAGUCAUGCAGGGAGCCAAUGUCCUUGUAACUCAGCAGAAGGGAAACUUCUUCAUGGGUGGCUCAGAUGGUGGCUACACCAUCUGGUGA